AGUGCCGUGGCCGAGUUUCUAAAUCAAGAUCUUCUGAAGAAAUUGACUGCAGAUGACGUGUUUAUGACCGUUGGAUGCAAACAAGCCAUCGAGCUUGCAAUUGAAAUCUUGGCUACACCGAAAGCCAACAUCUUGCUUCCGAAGCCGGGCUUUCCAUGGGACAUGGUCCACGCAAUCUACAAUAAAUUUGAGGUUCGUGAAUAUACUUUCCUCCGUGAAAAGAACUAUGAGAUCGACUUUGACAGCGUACGUUCGCUUGUGGACGAGAACACCUGUGCGAUACUUAUUAUCAACCCACACAAUCCUAAUGGGAACACGUACUCUGAAGCUCAUCUUAAGCAGCUGGCUGAGUUGGCUCGGGAACUUAAGAUACUGGUGGUUUCUGACGAAGUUUUUAGAUGGACUGUGUUUGGGAAUAAACCCUUUGUUCCCAUGGCGAAAUUCUCGUCGAUCGUACCUGUGAUCAGUCUCGGUUCUCUAUCGAAGGGAUGGAGUGUACCCGGAUGGCGAACCGGCUGGCUCGCACUGCACGAUCUAGAUGGUGCCUUUCAAUCCAAAAAGAUCACAAGUGCUCUUAAGAAUUUUCUGGCGAUAGAUAAUAAACCACCAACUGUUAUCCAGGCCGCUAUUCCCACCAUCUUGGAGAAAACUCCUAAAGAGUUCUUCGAGAGGAGGAAGGCUUUUCUGAAAGAGAAAGCGGACUUUGCAUUUGAUAAGCUCAAAGACAUACCAGCCCUAACCUGCUACUUGAAAACUGAAGCCUGCACCUUCUUAUGGACCGAGCUGAACUUGUCAAUGUUUGCCCACAUUAAAAAUGAUGAAGAAUUCUGUGAAAAGCUUGCUAGUGAAGAAAACCUCGUCCUUUUACCAGGGAUUGCUUUUGGUCUGGAGAACUGGGCGAGGCAUUCUAUCGACAUGGAUAUUUUCGCUUUGGAGGAUGCAUUUGCAAGACUGAAGAGCUUCUGUGAUCGCAAUUGUUAUUGAAGCUUCAGUCAAAGACGUCAAUUGUGUCAAGUAAAAGGGUCAAUAUGAAUCUUUGCCUAAGUCUGUUUGCAUAUGCUAUAAAAAUAAACGUGUGUUGUAUCGUACUUGUAUUAAAUAAAAUUGGUGUACUUAUCACCAACCAUGUGAUGUUUUCUCAUAGUUUGCAAUAUUCUACUAAAAAAAUUGGUGUACUUAUCACCAACCAUGUAGAGCAAGAUUAAUGGGGGUUCAUAUAUUGGAUACUUAUACACUGUUUGAAUU